UUAGAACUAAGAAAUAUUUGCUUAGAUGGAAAAAGCAGCUGUGUCUUGCCAUUCACCCGCAAACGUAGACACACAUAAGACGGGAGCAAGCAGUGAGAAUUGAACGUUGCCGAGAGAAUUGUUAUUUGGCCAUUUGGGGGAACUUAAUUCACGCCGCCGGUUAUAACAUCCAGCGUCUGCAGCAGAGGGCACUAAGCUAAAGCCAAAAUUAACAAAAUUCUGUAACUAAAUAUCAAUCAUGUAUCGAUUAGCGGUCAGAGAGCAGUGCAAAUGCGCGUGGCAGCUUUCGCUGCAGCAAACGGCAAACGGCAGACAAUUUAACAGCAGCAGCAGCAGCAACAACAACCACAGGAGAAACGAAAGGAGUAGCAGAGAUGGCAAUGAAGAAGGAGAAGGUGGCUAUGGUGGACUGCCACCUCCGCCACAUAUGCGUGAAGCUGGCUUUGGCAAACUGCUGCUCUUUGUAUCACCUCUGGUUGCAGUCGGCGGCGUUAUUACCUAUGCCAAAUACGAUAAUGAAUUUCGCAAAUUGGUUGAGAAGAAUGUGCCCGGAGCUGAAUCUGUAAUAGCAGUGGCUCUCAAAGAGCAGCCACCAUUCCAGGGCAUUACGAAAAAUGUCAACGAACAAAUCGAUAAAGUUAAAUCUGGUUUUGAUACUGUCACAAGUACCGUGGAUUCGGUUACAUCAAAGGUGACUGGUUUAUUUGGUGGUAGCAACGAUGACAAGUCCCCAAAAUCGGAGACCAAAGUCAAGCCACUGAAUACCGAAAAGGCGGAGACUAAGAAACCUGCUCCUACAGCGGCAGCCAAACCAAGUGAAGCGAAAGCCACCAAAGUUGUGACAACUCCAGCACCAGCUCCUAAGCCAGCUGCAGUUAAAGUUGAACCUUUGCCCCGUGAAGUUGGAGAAUUGGAAGCGGCCAUUGAACUGGCUGCCCAAUUGGCUGUCAAGGAGUAUAAUGCGGCUAUUGCCAUAUUAAAGGGUUUCAAUGAGGAUGUACGUCAAGUUGUGGACAAAGCUGUUGAGAAUGGUGAAAAUUCUCUGUGGACAACGCUGAAGAAUCGUGCUGGUGCCAGAGAUACGGCUGUUGCAACGGCUGAGCGAGCUGCUCGUACAGCUCAGGAGAAGAUCGCUCAGUGCGAGCUGGCACUUAGCAAAGCGGCCACUGCCCAAAAUCACAAGACCGUUGAGGUGGUACGUAACAAGAUCAAAAAGCUGGUGGAUCACAUUGCGAAUGUCAAGGAUGAGCUCUAUAGGCACAAGGAUACGGCAAGUGUAUCGGAUAAAUAUUGGCGCAAUGUAGAGCAGGCUCGCAAUUAUUUUAUUGAUGAAAUUGAAUCAAUUUUCCCUGGCAUUAAUCUGUCGGAGAAGAAGUUGAAUUUGUCCAAAGAAGAUUUGGAUCUAUUCAUUCUUCAUGCCUACAGUCAUGUCUUGGCGUAUCAAAAGGAGUUGCAGCGUCUGCAAACUGAUGGAGAAUUGCGUCUGAAACGUGCCAUUGAUUCUAUUCGCGGUGACAAUGAUUCGGAGGCAUUGCGUGCCCAAUUGGAAUAUCAUCUGGAGGCCGAACGCCGCAAAUUGGCUGUGGAGAAUCAAAAGAAGAUAUUCCACAUUCAUGCUGAAUCGGAUAAGCAACUGCGUCUGCAGCUUAAGAAGCAAGCUGAGGCGCAUUCCGAUCACAUUAAGGAUAUUGUGGCCCAGCGUGAAACCGAUUUGACACGGAAUUUUAAGCGCGAAUUGGAGGACAAGUUGGCCACCGAAAAGGCCAACUAUAAGCUUCAACUGGCUGCCAUGCUUGGAAAAUUACGUGGCAUGGAUGCUGCUUUGGCGGAGAUAGAGGAUGAGUUCCAAGAACGUGCCGAUGCGGAACGAACUGCCAAUCAGGCACAGGCCUUGUGGGCUGCCUGUCAAGCCCUUUGGGCUUCAGUACGCACUGCCACUCCCGGUGUGCAUUACAAGGAGAAGUUGCGACCCCUGAAGAACGAAAUCAAUGCGAUUGCCAAGGUGGCUGAGGGAGACGAACUGGUAUCGGCUGUUCUCCAAAGCAUGCCCAGAGAGGCUCAGGAACGUGGCGUUUAUCCAGAGGAUGCGUUGCGCGAACGUUUCCUCAAUGUGGAACGUAUUGCACGUCGAUUGGCUUUGGUACCCGAGGGUGGAGCCAGUUUGCCAAUGUAUUUCCUAUCCUAUCUGCAAUCCCUGUUCAUUUUAAGGCCAGAUAAUCCCAUUUCCAAGGACGAACUCGAUAAUAAGCCCUUCGACUAUAGCAAAUUGGAUACUUAUGAAAUAUUGAACAGGGCAAGGUACCAUGUGGAUCGCAGUGAUUUCCUGCAGGCCCUUAAGUACUUGAAUCUGCUUCAAGGUGCACCACGGGAAAUUGCCGGUGAAUGGAUGAAGGAGGCUCGUCUUAUGUUGGAAACGCAACAGGCGGCCAAUACACUUAUGGCACAUGCUGCCGCCAGUGGAUUGUUGUAUUUGUAAACUAUGUUUUUCCUCCCCCCACACAACUCACUCCACACAAACACAUACACAUGCAUACGUGUCCGCUCCUUUGAUAAAAUUGUGUUAAUGGAGAAACUAGAUGAAAAGAUCAGCAAUAUGUAACAUCCUAUAAAAGAAAUGAAAGAAAAAAACAUCUUAAAAGAACGUA